AUGCGAUGGGCAUUGAACAAUAUCGGGGGGCGGAUUAGGGAAGGGGGUGGAUGGGAUGAAAGGCCGUUGAGAUGGGAUGGAGAUGGGGAUAAGAGCCUCAGCAGAGAUGGAUAUGGACGAAUAACCAAGAUAUGGGGACGCACGGCUCCCAAAAGGAAUAUGGCGGAGAACGAAAGAAAGAGAAAAAAGCUCAAAAAUGUGGAUAUGCAGCGAAUUAUGGAAGAAAGAGCAGAGCAGCGUAGCGUAGCGGGGCCCUUUACGAAGAAGCUAGCAACUGGGGGGGAAUUGAGAGACCAUGCAGGUCGGGGCACUCUACAGACAGUGUCAGACAGACAGACAGACAUCUAG